GCACCGGAAGAGACCGACGGCCAACGCGCACGCACGCACACGGAUUUGUUGAUUUGUUGAGAGAGCGAGAGAAAGAGGAGGAGAAGAAGAAGAGGGAGAAGCGCGCGUGAAGACCCUCUUCAGCUGCGGAAAGCUGAUCACGUUGAUCCGAUGUCUUGGCAGGAAGAAUACCCGAUGAUCGAAGUAUCGAUCCCCUCCAUGGAGCGGGAGGUGGACGAGUCGGGAAAGUCCAGGAAGCUCUUCAGAGUGGAAGUCUUGUUUCACGGGAGGAAACAUUAUGUGCUCCGGAGAAACAGCGAAUUCCAGACCCUCCACAGAAAGCUCAGGAAGAUCAUCCAGACUCCGGAUUUCCCGAGCAAGAGGAACCCCCACCUGAGGACCAAGCCUCAGGACCAGAGGAGCCAAGAGCUGGAGGACUACGUCCAGGACAUCAUCUACCAGAACGAGGACGUGCCCCAGGUGCUGCUGGACUUCCUCCACGUGAGACACUUUCACACCGGGACCAAGAUCAGCAGCAUGGAGUCACUUGAUGAUUUGGACAGCCAGGGUGACAGUUAUCCGUUACCAAACCAGCGAGUGUUGGGAUUCUUCCGGGAUCCCUAUCUCUCCGAACGCAGCUCAGAGCUCCCGGACGUCGUCGUGGACGGCGUUCUUCAGGGUUUCUACACCCGGGACGUCCGGGUCAGCUUCACCGCUUCAGACCCCGAGGCCUGACGCGCCAGUGAGACGGAGGAGUUAAUGUUUUAAAAAGUGGAAUAUAUAUGCAACUCAGCCAAAUACACGAGGCCAACAGGGAAGAUGAGGAAAGAGCCCGAAAGCCCGAAAUGAGUCUUGAAACUUUAGUAAAUAUUGAAUGAAGGCCCAGCGAUGUUACGCGUCCACGGCUAAACGUGUCUUUUAUUCAUAUUCUACUACUGAUGCUAAGUUUAGGUUUAAAAUAAAGAAAUCCAGGCAGCAUUUGGAGUUACUUUUAUUUCAUUUUUGGGUGCAUUGUCGUCACAGUUGAUGGAAGUUUCUUUGGUUCAUAUGUAUUUGUUGUCAUUUGAGUCAGCUUUUUCUUUAUGGCCGUGUUAUGUUAAAGGACUCUUUUGUUUAUUAUUAUGGAGUUAAAUGUACUUUUGUAUCAUGUUGUUUGUAUUGAAAUUAUAAUAAAUAAUGAAAGAGA